AUGUCGGCUAUAACAACAUUGAAUCCAAAGGCUGAAAGUGCUCGUCAAGCACAAGCUCUAUCUAUUAACAUUUCAGCAGCUCGUGGUCUUGCAGAAAUGCUUAAGACAAAUUUAGGUCCAAAAGGAACAAUGAAGAUGCUUGUAUCGGGUGCUGGAGAUAUUAAAAUAACUAAAGAUGGCAAUAUACUUCUUCAUGAAAUGCAAGUUCAACAUCCAACAGCAUCGUUGAUCGCUCGUGCAGCUACAGCACAAGAUGAUAUAACUGGCGAUGGAACAACAUCAAUUGUAUUAAUUAUUGGCGAGCUUCUUAAACAAGCUGAUCUUUAUAUUACCGAAGGUCUUCAUCCUCGUAUUGUUGCUGAAGGUUUUGAAUUGGCUAAAAAGGAAGCACUGCGAGUAUUGGACACACUUAAAAUACCUAUCACCGCUGAUCGUGAAACACUGAUUCAAAUUGCUCGUACGUCUCUACGUACGAAAUUAUCACUUGAAAAUGCUGAUAUUCUCACUGAUAUUGCUGUUGAUGCUAUCUUAGCUCUCAAUGAGCCAGGUGUGCCCACUGAUUUAAACAUGGUUGAAGUUAUGGAAAUGCAACAUCGAACAGAAGCUGACUCACGUCUUGUACGUGGUAUUGUUCUUGAUCAUGGUGGUCGUCAUCCAUCGAUGCCUAAAGCACUUAAAAAUGCUUAUAUUCUAACUUGUAACGUGUCAUUGGAAUAUGAAAAAACGGAAGUCAAUGCCGGUUUCUUCUACAAGAACGCUGGAGAACGUGAUCGUCUUGUGGCAUCGGAACGGAAAUUUAUUGAUGAUCGUGUACUAAAAAUUGUUGAGCUAAAACGAAAAGUUUGCUCGGGCGAUGAUAAAGAUAAAACAUUUGUUGUAAUCAAUCAAAAAGGAAUCGAUCCAUUCUCAUUGGAUGUAUUAGCUAAAGAAGGAAUCUUAGCAUUACGACGUGCCAAACGUCGAAACAUGGAACGUUUAACAUUAGCAUGUGGUGGAGAAGCCAUGAAUUCGGUUGAAAGUUUAACAAAGGAAUGUCUUGGCUUCGCUGCAGAUGUUUAUGAACAUGUUUUGGGUGAAGAAAAAUUCACCUUUGUUGAAGGUUGUAAAAACCCUAAAUCAGUAACAGUGUUACUCAAAGGUUCAACAAAAUACAUCUUAAAUCAACUUAAAGAUGGUCUUCGUGAUGGUCUUCGUUCAGUAACAAAUGCCAUUGAAGAUGGUUGCGUUAUUCCUGGCGGUGGUGCUUUCGAGAUUGUUGCUCAUCAAGCACUUACUCAAUACAAAGAACAAGUAAAAGGUCGUGCACGUUUAGGCGUUCAAGCGUUUGCCGAAUCAUUAUUGAUCAUACCCAAGGCUAUUGCUCAAAAUGGUGGACACGAUCAACAAGAAACCAUUGUCAAACUUCAACAUGAAUAUGCAACAACAAAAUUACCAGUUGGCAUUGAUAUUACAACAGGUGAACCAAUGGAACCAAAAUCAUUAGGCAUUUUUGAUAAUUAUCGUGUUAAAAAGCAACUGAUUCAUUCAAGCACAUCAAUUGCAACAAACUUGAUUCUUGUUGAUGAAAUCCUUCGAGCUGGUUUAUCAUCAUUACGUCCUGGUGGACAAUGA